AUUCAUUCUGUGAAGGAUGCUUGGGUGUAUGAAUUCAAGCUGAAAAGGAGAGUAGAAAAAAGACCUAUCCUUGUCCAGUGUGUAAGUGUGAAACAGACAUUCCAAAUGGAGGUGCUAACUCGUAUAGGACUAACUUCACCAUGAAGUCAUUGGCUGAAGCCCUGGAGAGAAUCAAAGAACAGUUGAAUGAAUCUAGCAUAAACUGUGACAUCUGUGCACAAGGUAAACAACAUACACAUGCUGUAUCCAGAUGUAUCGAAUGUGCUGAAUAUUUAUGUGACACUUGUGACAAAUGUCACGGCAGAAUGAGAUCAACGAAGUCUCACAAGCGUGUUAAAUUGACUGGGGAUACUGAGAAGGAUUCCAAGAUUGCAAUAGACAGUCUGGUUCAAAGAAAUAUUGACUGUACUGAGCACAACGACCAACCCUUAAAGUUCUACUGCAAGACUGACAAAACCAUUGUGUGUAGAGACUGUUGUAUUACUGAUCAUUCUGGGCAUUCAUGUGUGAAAAUUGAAGAUGUGGCAAAGGAAGAACUACGCAAUGUAUCUGCAUUGGUGGGACUAGCCAUCCAAAGGAAAGAUUUACUUGAUAAGCAACUUAAAAACUCAGAUGAUUUGACUGGCACCACGGAGCAAAAACUCCAGACACUUCUCAGUUCAAUAAAAUCAGAUCGCAGAGCUAUGAUAAGUGAGCUUGACAGAUACUUUAAUAAACUAGAAAGGGAUGCUAAGGAAGUGCAUAAUAACACCCUGAAACAGAUUAAAUCUCAAAGAAGUGAUUUAGAGCUACAGAGGGGCGUCACUGAGAGUACAUUACUUCACCUGACCUCCGUACAAAAACAUGGAC